CGACUAAGAUUUACACCUUUAUAUCCAUGGCAUUACUCUUCAUCCGUACCAUUUGAAAUGGUAGCCGUUUCAUGGCUCUUGUUAGCACAUCCCACAUUAUAUAGCUAAACAUAGGAUGGUCGACUGAAGGGUUAUACAGUACGGUUGCACUGGACUGCAAGUAACAUAACACGCGCUCCCAUAUGUUACACCCAGCUUCUCUUCUUUCCUUCUGUAUACAACCGAAGAAAUGAGGUGUGAAUGUUGACUAUCGUAUGUUUCUCUUUUUUUCCUUGUCAUUUUGAAUUUAGAGUAGCAAGGAAAUAGCAGCUCAGCCGAAAAAUAAUCUGGGAGGUCUUUUGGUUGGCAAAUAGAAGAAUUCAAGUGGAGAUUUUCUCAUGGGUAUAGAGAUUUUGGCUUGAAAAAGAGAGGAAGGUACAGUGUACAUUUUUUGUGGGCAGUUUGGAGAAGAAGAUACAAGAAAACAAUGCCUGAGUUACCUGAGGUGGAGGCUGCCCGGAGGGCAGUGCACGAGCAUUGUGGAGGGAAAAGGAUCAUCAAGGCAAUGAUUGCAGAUGAUCCUAAGGUAAUUGAUGGUAUAGCUCCUUCUGAGCUUGAGAAGGGAAUUGUUGGCAAGAAGAUAAUUGCUGCACACAGGAAGGGCAAGAACAUGUGGUUGCAGCUGGAUUCACCUCCCUUUCCUUCCUUUCAGUUUGGGAUGACAGGUGCGGUUUAUAUCAAGGGUGUAAGUGUUACCAAGUAUAAAAGGUCUGCUAUUAAUGACAAGGAUGAAUGGCCUUCAAAAUUCUCCAAAGUCUUUGUGGAGUUAGAUGAUGGUACAGAGAUGUCAUUUACUGACAAGAGGCGCUUUGCUAGAGUCCGGCUGCUGGAAAAUCCAGAGAUGGUUCCACCAAUUUCUGAGCUAGGUCCUGAUGCACUGUUGGACCUAAUGCCAGAGGAUGUUUUUAUUAAUGCUUUGAGCAAGAGGGAAAUUGCAAUCAAAAGCCUGCUGCUUGAUCAGGGCUUCAUUGCAGGCAUUGGAAAUUGGGUUGCUGAUGAAGUGCUUUACCAGGCGAGAAUUCAUCCAUUGCAAAGUUCUUCUAAGAUAUCAAAGGAGAACUGCAAAUCCCUGCGCAAGUGUAUUGAAGAGGUUAUAAAAUUGGCGGUUCAAGUUGAUGCUGACAGCGAACGCUUUCCUUGUGAUUGGAUUUUCCAUUAUCGAUGGGCCAAAAGGCCUGGUAAAGUUAAUGGAAAAGAGAUUGAGUUCAUUACUGUUGGUGGUCGCACAUCAGCCUAUGUUCCAGACUUGCAAAAGGUUGAUGGACCAGCACCUGGAAACCAACCUGACAAAAAAGGAGGAAAUAGAUCAAGGAAGAAGAGCGAUGUCAUUAAAAGUGAAAAUCUGCAAAGUGCGCAGGAAAUAUCAGAUGAUAAUGAAGGAGAAGAUGAAAAAGGUCAGGGAAAGAGAGAAGGAAAACCAUCUAAGACUUCAAAGGCAGGAACAGCAAGAUCAAGUGGUUCUGGCAUGGGAGGAAAGUCAAAGAGAAAGGCUACAACCCUAAAAGAAAAUCCAGAAAGCAAGCAGGAAUCAGAAAAGGAAGAAAAGCUGAAUCAUAUCAUGAAGAAUAUAGGAAAAGGUCAAGACUCUGCUAAGACAGAGAUGAUAGAAACAGCUUCUUCUGGAAAGAAAAGGAAAAAUAAGAGAACAAUUGCUGCUGAGGUAGAAAAGCUGAAGAAAAACAAGGCAACUAAAAAUGUUAAUGAAUUUGAUAUGCCAGAUCAGACCAACAAUCCAGAUGCCUCUGCAAAAGAAUCAUCAGAAAAUACCAGUCAAGCACAAAAGAGAAAGCGAGGUCCCAAAUCAAAGUAGGAUUGUAUUCUCGUCUUGAAGAUAUAUUGUCUAGUUUUGGCUAAAGUUGCAGCUUACAGUACCAAAUAUGAAACAGAGUCACAGGCUUGAGCUGCACUGGUGACUCUUCAAUAACUACAACAUCCAACUUACGAAUUUAAAAAAAAAAUUACUUAUCAACUUGCAACUUGCACUGGUUAGUAUAAAUUCCAUUUUUGUACCAACCAGGGAUGUCCUAUGAGCGCGUAAACACAUUUUCAGUUUUGCAUGGUCUUCACGCCUCUUGUUGAUAUUAGCAUUAUUGUGUUAACAAACUCGCUUGAUGCUUCCUUAUAGUACAAAUUGAGCAUAAUCUGAUUUUCCUAGAACGUAAUAUGCUGUAUGAACAUGCUGGUUACUAGUUUGAAUUUAAACUAUACUUGUAUUUUAUGGUUGGCUGAAGUA